ACACGCAAUGAAGUAAAACCGGUAAAAAGCUCACGAAGAUUGAAGUGUCGAAUGUAAUACAAAUAAUUCAAAAUGUCUGAAAACGGAAGUACAAGAAAUCCAAGAUGCUUCUUUGAUAUAACUAUUGGUGGGGAGAAAGUUGGUAGAAUACUCGUUGAGCUAUUUGCUGAUAAAUGCCCCAAAACUGCUGAGAAUUUCAGAGCACUUUGUACUGGAGAGAAGGGAAGCACAUCAUCAGGAAAGCCACUCCACUACAAAGGUAGCAUAUUUCACAGAAUCAUUAAGGGGUUCAUGGUACAAGGCGGUGAUUUCACAAACCAAGAUGGGACAGGAGGAGAGUCUAUAUAUGGAGAAAAGUUUGAAGAUGAAAACUUUGAACACAAGCAUGAGAAAGAAGGUCUAUUGUCCAUGGCAAAUGCUGGAGCAAAUACCAAUGGUUCACAGUUUUUCAUUACUUGUGAAGCAACACCUCAUCUUGAUGGCAAGCAUGUUGUAUUUGGCAAAGUUGUUAAGGGAAUGAAUGUGGUUAGAGAACUCGAAAACACUCCUGUUGAUGACAGUAAACCUCGUAAGCCUUGUGUCAUAGAAAACUGUGGUGAGCUACAAGAAGGGGAUGAUGAUGGCAUCUGUGUUGAUGAUGGAACAGGAGAUUUAUUUCCAGACUGGCCUGCAGAUUCUGAUUUAGAUUUUAAGAAGGUGGAUGAUGUGGUUUCAGUUGCCGACAAAAUAAAGUUGAUAGGAAACGAACAGUUCAAAGCAAAAAAAUAUGAAAUGGCUGGGAAAAAAUAUAGAAAAGCACUGAGGUACCUAGAGCAGUUGGAGGAGGACUCGAGUGACAGUGACAAUGAUGAUAAAGAAGAGAAUGAUAAGGAUAAAAGUCAAGAAACUGAAGAACAAAAAUCAUUAAGGAUGGAUAAACAUAAAAAAAUUUGGUCUGUUUCACUCCCUUGUUAUCUCAAUAGUGCUGCAUGCAAACUUCAGCUGCAUGAUUACACCGGUGCUGUUAAUGACUGUAAUGAGGCAUUAGAUUAUGAUAAAAGUAAUAUCAAGGCUUUAUUCCGUCGUGCUCAGGCUAAUACAAACAUGCAUGACUAUAGCAGUGCUAUGAAUGAUCUACAAAAAGCUGUUAAAUUGGAACCUAAAGACAAAGCAAUAAGAAAUGAAAUUAUAAAAGUGAAGAAAUUAAUGGAGGAGCAGAAGAAAAAAGAAAGACAAGUCUACUCUAACAUGUUUUCCUCAUGAAAACACUAAAAACAUCUUUAUUCUUUUUCCUAUUUCUAUUUUUACUUGAAAUCAAUUUUCAUUAAUUUGAGAAUAAAAUCCCACUGUCUUAAAAAAUGAAGUGACAAUCAGUUGUGAGCUUUUAAGUGUCUAUAAUUCAGUUAUAAUAAAAAUAAUUAAUGUCA